AACACUCAUUGCCGGAUCGAGAAGGUCUGCGCGAUGGCCGGUGGAGCCUUCACAGUUCACUCGCCUACAGCGAAGGGAACAGGCGAACAUCGUGCAGUCCAUGUCAUCCCAAUUUGUCAUGAGCCUGCCAAGAUGAUAAGCUUAUCGAAGACAAGGUGAUGGAUAGUGAAUCAUGAAUAAUAACUUUGUGAGAUGGGAAUGAAAUGCGCCGUGUUGUUCAUCGGAGAAGAGAAGAAGAGCCGGAAGAGAGAAGGCGGUUGGACGGGCUCGCCAAUCCGGGGCAUGUGACCUCGCCAGCCUCCUGGCAUUAUUGCAUCGUCGGGCUUCUGCUCUUCUCGGCUCCAUUCUCUUUGGUUUCGCUCUGGUACCAUCCCGAAUUGGUCCCUGCAACCCCGUGCAAGGACUUCAAGUGGCUGAUAUCACGAGGGGCCAUUGCCCUGGACAAGGGAUGUCCAGAAAAGUCAAGUACAGGUAGUCAAAACUCAGACCCUUUCCCCCGUCACAUAGAGGCUAACAGUCAUUUAGGUGACGACUUGGACUCAGUGCUCGAUGUUCAACGACCAAGAGCUUCCCCCUCUUCAUAUACCCGGACUGGCAUUUCCCCGCCGUUGAUAGGGGGUGAAGUUCAAGACAGAUCAACCACACUUCACUGACUCGGAGGCAACCAAGUUCAAUUAUCCACCCUCAUAGCGAACCGUACCCUGUACGAAGUAUACGACGAGAAGCACUCAUAUAAACGACUGUGCCAUUUCUGCUCAUCCCCUGACCCACCACAACCCCUUAGUCAUCGCCGAAUACGCAAAUACGACAACCAUGCCCGCCUUCCGACUGGUCCAAGGA